GUCACCAGUAUUAGUAUUGUGACUUGGAUAUUGUUCAGUAACUGCAGAAGUGAUAUGUAUAUUGUUGACAAUGUGGACGUGGCGGAUCCUGACCAAUACAAUCACCGGUGUUGACGAGAAGUAGACCAAUGAACGGGCGACAUCGCACACGCGACCGCAACGUCCGAUUGGUUGGUUGGCAUUUCAGCACCGGAAAUCUACGGGUGUGUUUCCGGGGAGGGUUUUAAUCGAAGCGAAAGUCUACGAAUAAACCGGAGAUGGAGUUGCGGCCCCUUGUGAUGUGCUUUGCCCUCUGUGUGGUGUACGCCACCAGCAAGCCCACGGAGAAGAAGGACCGGGUUCAUCACGAUGAGCUUCUCAGUAACCGGGACCACGACGACGGCGACAACUUUGACUACGACCACGAAGCCUUUCUGGGGCAGGAGGAGGCCAAGACGUUCGACCAGCUGACCCCAGAGGAGAGCAAAGAGAGGCUCGGUAUGCUGGUGGAGCGGAUCGACGAGGACAAGGACGGCUUCGUGAGCGUGGAGGAGAUGAAGAGAUGGAUCAAACACGCUCAGAAGCGCUGGAUCUACGACGACGUGGACCGCCAGUGGACCGGCCACGACCUGAACGGAGACGGGCUGGUGUCCUGGGAGGAGUACAAGAACGCCACCUAUGGAUACAUCCUGGACGACCCGGACCCUGAAGACGGCUUCAGCUACAGACAGAUGAUGUCGCGAGAUGAGAGGAGGUUCAAGAUGGCCGACCUGAACACCGACGGCAAAGCCAACAAGGAGGAGUUCACUGCCUUCCUCCAUCCCGAGGAGUACGACCACAUGAAGGACAUCGUCGUGCUGGAAACUAUGGAGGACAUUGAUAAGAACGGAGAUGGCUUCAUCGACCUGGAUGAGUACAUAGGGGACAUGUACAACCAGGAGGGGGACCCCUCGGAGCCCGAGUGGGUGAAGACGGAGCGGGAGCAGUUCACCGAGUUCAGGGACAAGAACAAAGACGGCAAGAUGGACAAGGACGAGACCCGGGACUGGAUCCUUCCCAGCGACUACGACCACGCGGACGCUGAAGCCAAGCAUCUGGUCUACGAGUCGGACACAGACAAGGAUGGCGUUCUGACCAGGGAAGAAAUUGUGGACAAGUACGAUCUGUUUGUGGGCAGCCAGGCGACGGACUUCGGAGAGGCCCUGGCCAGACACGACGAGUUCUAGUGUCCCCGGCGAGCUGCGCUACAAAGACGGACGCUCUGUGUCUCCGCCGCUGCCCAGCGGUGUCUAGUAUCGACCGAGACGGGCCGCUCAGCGACAGCCUCGGGGACCACAGACAAUAACUUAUUCUACCUUUUGAAUGUGUCUCUUUGCUCAACACGCAAACACAAUCCUUCGUUGGGACGGAGGUGCGUGCUUGCGUGCGUCUGUGCACACACACACACACACACACACACACACACACACACACACACACACACACACACACACACACACACACACACACACACACACACACACACACACACACACACACACACACACACACACACACGAUGAGACGUGUACUCACCCAGUGUCCGGCCCCUCCGACCGACUGUCUGCAUCCUACCAUGAGUGUGUGUGUGACCGAGGUGUCCUUACAAACACUAUGGCAUCAUGGGAUAGCUUUGUCCAGCCCCCCCCCCCCCCCCCCCCCCCCCCCCCCCAUGCAUCCUUUGUCGCAGGUGGCUAACUCACUCCCUCGGUAAUCGUCUGUUGAGUCAUUAUGAUGCACAUGCGUGUUCUCUCCUAUAGCAGCCAUGUCAGCACUGUUCUCGUGGCUUGCGUUUGACGUGGGUUUCUGCAAUGCACUGUACCGCGAGGAGUCGGGCUGUCUGUUGAGGUUUUUUUAUUGACGUCUUAUUUCUAUUACAUAUUCUUUACCCCAACAGGCCCAUACGAGGCGGCCGCCUGUUGCCGACGUCUCUCGUUUUUGUCGUUUGAUAUUGUAUCUUUUUGAAAUUCGCUGUACCCGAAUAUACGAAUGUUGGGUGUGAGAGCGCUGCCAAGGAAGACUGUGGAACGUUACAGUGCAAUACAGUGGCAUGCGCUCGCUCUCAUCACCAGCCCAUUUGUACGCCGUUGUGUUUUUCUAACAUGUUUGUUCUGCGAUAUGCUGAAAAGAAGGAGUCCAGGCAGGAACUCUGUUGUGCCUGAAGAACAAAAUACUCCAUCGCUGCCAGUGUGUGUGUGUGUGUGUGUGUGUGUGUGUGUGUGUGUGUGUGUGUGUGUGUGUGUGUGUGUGUGUGUGUGUGUGUGUGUGUGAAUCUAUUAUUUUAAGUGCCAAGUAAAAAUAAGUGGUUUGACUUGGCUUUACUACCCCUGUAUUAGUUCUACCAACAUUUAUGACCACUGUUAAUUAACAAUAUGAUAAAUGUAUACCUUUUUGUUUUUUUUUGUCUUUCAUACAGCGAAAAGCUUUUCACUAACGACGUUCCUGUAAGUCUUCAGUAUAUGAGCACUCGAACAAUCAAGUUCAAAUGUUUUGGUUGAGAAAUCCCCUCAAUAAAAAAAAUGUAAGUGUUUACAGUG